ACCUGUGCUGUGUCCCUGGGCUGCCCUAUCGCGUUAAGGCUAUAUAUCUAGAAGGUCAUAUUACAUAUUCUUGGCUGGCUGCCGCCGCUCUCCCCGGUGAUGGCCGGUUCCCCCGUGCUAGUAACUGUUACUCUUCCCUGUAAUGCUGCGCAGAAUAUCGCCGCCUCCCGGGUAGUCACCGGUCUAUGGGAUGCUAGGCUCUAUAGAUCCGUACACUAAUGAUCUUUCUACUCUUAAAUUAAUUCUGUGCGGUGUUACCUUUUAUAUAAAUGAACUUGUAUAACUAAUGAAUAGCCAUAGAUCUCUAGUUAAGUGGUCUCAGCUCGCUUGUUACUCCUGUUAUGACUGAUGGCUGUGGUUUGAGUUUUGGGAAAGGUGUGUGUACUGUUCCACGGAAUGCUCCUGUUCUCUACCCCCUACACCUCGUAUGCUGGCUAAGUUGCUGUGUUAGACUUGAAAAUGCGUCGUAAUAGUGCAUCCAGUCUCCCUUUUGCAGCUAAAGCUGGCAUGGAAAUCUAUGAUGGAUGUUACAAUACUGCACUCUCUAAGCCAGGAACUGUAGUUCAAUCCAAUCUACAGCCUCAGAGACAAAUGCAGAGAACUAUUCUUGGAGUGAUAAGUGAAAAUGAUCAGCGGCAGAGGUUGCUUAGCCAGGCUGCAGCUGUUACUUCUAAAGCUGGUUCGGGAGCUGAGAACGUGUACUCUCUUGCUGGGAAGACAUUCUCUACAAAUGCUGCUCCAGUGGCCGUCCAGCCUUGCUUCACUAUUUAUGUGGAUGACAAAGAGGACCUCAAAGAGAACUGCUCAUUUGAAGUGGAAGUCCCAAGUUUUGAAGAAAGUGAGGAAAACAUUGUGAAACAGAAGUUCCAUUUGCUACUAGAAGUUAGUGCAGCCUCACCAAUGAUGGUGGACACCACCUUCCAGCAUCCAAUUGAAGAUACUACUGAUGCCGAUACAGAGGCUGCUACAGUGUCUGAAUAUAUAGAUGAGAUUCACCAGUAUCUGCGUGAGGCAGAAAUUAAACAUAGACCCAAGCCUUUCUACAUGAGGAAACAGCCAGACAUUACUUCCACCAUGAGGGCCAUCCUAAUAGAUUGGCUUGUUGAAGUUCGGGAAGAGUAUAAGUUGCACAACGAGACCUUGUAUUUGGCUGUAAACUAUUUGGACAGAUUCCUAUCCUGCAUGUCUGUACUGAGAGGGAAGCUUCAGCUUGUAGGAACAGCUGCCAUUCUCCUGGCUUCAAAAUAUGAAGAGAUCUACCCCCCUGAUGUGGAUGAGUUUGUGUAUAUAACAGAUGAUACCUACACCAAAAAGCAGCUGCUACGCAUGGAACACCUGCUGCUGAAAGUGCUGGCCUUCGAUCUGACUGUCCCUACAAUCAUACAAUUCCUCCAGCAGUAUUUUCACAAGCAGAAUGUCUGCCCCAAGAUGGAGUAUCUUGCAAUGUAUACUGCAGAACUAACCCUACUCCACGUGGAGCCUUUCCUGAAGUAUGUGCCAUCUCUCACUGCAGCUGCAGCUUAUUGUCUGGCAAACUACACAGUUGACAGAAUCUUUUGGCCGUCAACUCUUGAAGCCUUCACGGGCUACACAUUGAGUGACAUAGCACCAUGUCUGGCUGAUCUGCACAGAGCCUGUCUUAGCGCGCCUCACCAACCACAGCAAGCCAUCAGGGAAAAAUACAAAGCAACCAAGUACAUGCAGGUCUCUCUCCUGGCGCUCCCUCAGACACUUUUGCUAUGACUGAAGAGCUUUUAAUGAUUUAUGUAGCACUUACCUCAGGAUCAACAGUGUUGGUCUCCUUUUAGAAAGACACUGCUGGCCAAGUGUCAAAUAGGAUCUUUUUUAAACUUGCGCACUUUUUAUAUGACCACUCUUAAGGAUAGACUUAAUUUAUUAAUGUGCAACUAUAGGAAAGCUGUAGAAGUAUUACUUUUUUUUUUUUUUUUUUUUUGACUCCUGGCCAGAAUUCCAGUUUUUUGGCUGCAGACCUGAAUAAACUUGACUUGGCACAGGAAAGGUGCAAUAGGGAUUAUAUGGGAUCACAAGGGUACAAAAGUGUCCUAGUCAAAAUGUAACAAACAAUGAAGAUGAGUUAAUUACAUGGUGGUUUACAUAAUUUUACUAUGUACACAGAAGCUGUCACAUCCAUUUGUCCAGGGAACAGUAACUGCCUAUGUGCAGACUUUGCUGGAACAAUCUGUGGCAUACCUGCACUGGACAUCUUGUGUCAUCCAUAUGCUGUCCUCCAUAUGCUGUCCUGAUGUAAGCAUUUUAAUAAACAAUUUACUUUUCCAUCCAA